AUGCCGUUUUAUGUGCCUAGGUGGAUGACAGGGGACUGUCGCUGCUAUGCUGUCAUACACGUGCCUGACGAGGCUGACGAAUCAGCGCCAGCGAGCCCUGCUUCGCAAGAAAGUUUCUCCGACUCCGACAUCGCCAUGACCCCUGUGGAACAACUUGAGUCCGAGGCGACGACGUCUCCGCAUGUUUAUGUCUCACCGUACGUGACUGACGAGGCUGACGAAUCAACAGCAGCUUCGCCUACUUCGGAGGAAAGUAUCUCUUGGUCCCCGAAUUCAAGUCUCAUUACACACAGUACAGACAACGAUUCGACAAGUUCAUGCGACCAGGAAGACGACGCCGCCGCCGCCGCCGACGACGACGACCAACACCUUGCCCUCUUCAAAUUGCCUAAGUUUGAAGACUACGAGGACGACUACAGUCUUUACGUCCACGUGCUUGCUCCUUCAUUCACACCAGGGUUUGCCGAAUCCGUCUACGCCAACUUCUCGUUCCCACAACCCCCACCACCUCUGUGCGAAUGUGGUGGCAUCUCUCCCCACCGUCACAGCGAAAUGAACGGAGCUGCUGGUCCUACUCCCAGCGGUGAGGGGACCACAGCAUCAACCUCACCCAACACGUCUACCACAGGAGGUGGCCCGCCCAAGCGCGGUGGUCCACUCCCAAACCACGUCCAAGUGGCCAAAUCUUACGUCUUUGAGCAGGAGAUCCAAAAGUGUCUUAAGGAGAACGGCGUCAGCCCAGCGAGAGAGGACAACAUCAGAUUGGCUGGAGUGCAGUGGAUCGAUAAUGUGAGAAAGGCGUUGAAGCUACCAGUCAGAACAUUCAACACAGCCGUCGUGUACUAUCACAAGUUCCGCCUACAACAUUCAGAUGGAGAGUACAGCUUUGUGGACGCAGCGGCAGCGGCCCUUUUCACUGCAUGCAAGAUCGAAGACACCCUCAAGAAAUCGCGAGAUAUUCUCUGUGCGGCGCACAACCUCAAAGCUCCCAGAGCGGAGAUCUUGUCACCGGAUGAUCAGGUCUUCGAGCACCACUCCCGCACUAUCAUUGGCCUUGAACGACUCAUGCUCGAAGCCUCAGGUUUCGACUUUCGCAACCGCCACCCGCAAGAACUCCUCAUCAAAUUCGCAAAACAUUACUCUUUUACUCAAACCUCACCGGUGGUCAGAACUGCGUACUCCAUCUCGCUGGAUCUCUACAGAACCUGGGCGCCGCUGAAGCAGAUGACGGCGACAUUGGCGUUUGCUUGUCUCGAGCUGGCAGGGCGGUUGCUGGGUGAAGAGCACGAGGCGAUCUGGACGGGAGCGGAUUACGAAGAAUGGAGAGUUGAGAGGGGGAUGGUGAUGGAAACCCUCCUGGACCUCCUCGAACUCUACACCCACCACCGCAACUCGACGGCGAUCGGGCAAAACUUCCCCGUUGACACAUUCCUCGAAGUGCGCAUUCCGCUGAAUCUCGAGUCCGAGGAGAAGAACAUCCCGCGUUACACGGCGUGGAUGGAGACCGACGGCACGUCCGCAGACGACCAUGCGAAAGCCGGUCAGGGCCACCACAGUGCUAACGGCACAGGCACCAUGAACGGCUCCAAGUCGGGCUCGUCGAGCAAGAAUGUGAGUCCACGAGACGUGACGAGUCCGCGCCGAGGCAGUGCGAGCACGACCGCUCCUCCCGGCGGCGCUGGCAACGCAGCCCCAGGGUCUGGUUCUGGUUCUGGCCCGGUGGUGGGUAUGAAGCAGCGUGUCGGCGAGAGAGGGCGCGAGGGCACAGUGCGCUUCAUCCUCAAUCCGGAUAGAGAGAGGGAUGAGAAGGCCAUUGUCGACUUGUUCCGCAAGGCUUGA